CUCGAAUUACCUGCAUAUUGGUACUAAGACAUGUUUAAAGCAGUUCUUUAAACUAAUUAGUGUUUAUACUUUGAAAUUUAAUAGAACUGUGUCAUUGUCUGCAUUUUGAUUAUUUUAAAGUUGCUUUUAAAUAUAAUUUCCUGUUAUCUACUCCACCUAACAAAUGACUGUGAAUUUUAGUUUUUAAGUUGUUUAAAAUACUGACAACUGACUUGCCAAAUAUAGUUUUACAAUUUUUAUUCUUCUUAACACGUUUAUAACUGUUCUGGUGAACAAACUGUUAUCUGCUUUAUUUCAGACGACGUCACAUCCGUUGAUGAUACUAGGUUAUUUCUAAUUUAUGUGAAUAGACUUACUCAUCUUAACCAUUUGUUCUUAUAUAUCUUCAUGUUAGCUAUUUUUGUUAUAUAAAGCUAAUUACUAUUAUCUACAAUUAUUCACUUAACUAAGUGAUCUGAUUUCUUGUAAAUGGACAGGGUAUGUUAAAAUUUGAAUAAAGCGAAGUUAUAUCCAAUGAACGCAAAAUCUUUUGUUUGAUUGACGGCUGUUAAAAAUUCUAGAACAUUGACUGCAAGUAAAUGUAACGAGAAACCAAAUAUUUUUUAAAGUUUUCAAUGUCUAGUUAAGGUUAUGACCAAUUUCUUUUAAAGUGACAGUUGCGGUUUACAUAUGAUAUUGCCAUUUAAUAUAAUUUUACUUGAACAUGGUUAUUUAUUAACAUAAAGGUAAUACCAAAAUGAGUGAUGUAAAUGUUUAUUACUAUCCUGUUGUCAUUUAGCCACAGAAAAAGAGUAUCCAUGUUUGUGCCUCAAUCUUCUUCACAGUUAAUGAAAUUGAAUGCAUGGUUAACUGGAAAAAGACCAGAGUUUCUUAAUCCAAAAGUAAUAGCUUAUGGUGAGGGUCGUGGAGUGCUAAUUGCAUUCUAUCGAUCAAGCUGCAGUAUGGACAGCAGUCUAAAUGACUUCAUAUGGCAUGUACUUCACUGUGAUAAAUCAGUCCUAUAUCUCAGUCCUACAGAAGGUCAGCCAUGGCUUUAAGAACUCGGUGGUAACGUUUCAGACUACGAAGCUGGAUGACGCGGGUUCGAAUAAUUUAUGACAUAUUUCAUUUUCUUAAAAAUCUUUGGCGACGAAACGGAAAUCUUCAUCACUUAAUUACCAUCAUUUUGAAUUAUAAUGUGUAAGGGGAAGGGAUGUAUGAUCGCAGCAUACAUUUUCUUUGCUGUAUCUUUAUUACUAUUUACAGGCUGUGUAAUAGUGCACUUUUAUGUUGACCAGGCGUUCAUGUCAAUAAUGAAAAAGUUUAUGUUGCUCACUCCUGGUAGCAUAGUCUUCGAAGCUUAUUCUAACGACGAUACAGCAAUAAUUACACGCCUUUACGCUUUUAAUUUACUAAACGAAGAAGAAGUUCUUAAAGGUGGCAAACCUCUUUUCGAGGAAGUCGGACCAUAUAUUUACUGGAAAAAAAUAAAUAGGUGGGACUUUACGUUCUCUAACGAAACACCUCCAAAAUAUCUUCGCCAUAAAAAGAGAACAUAUUAUUACCCACAUGAAAAUCUUUCACGGUCCGAUAUUCACAGCCGUCAAAUAACUUCACUUGAUCUUUUUGCUGGAGGGAUAAUAUUACAGGAAAAAAGUGUCUUCACUGAGAGUUAUUACAGAACAACCAAACCCUUCGUCACAAAAACCCCAAACGAAAUAUUAUGGGGUUAUACACAUGAAAACAUUGAAUCAUGUUACAAAUUCGGCAAAUGCCCUAAAAAAAUAUCUGUAUUUGUCAAAGAGAACGGCACUAGCACUGAAGAAUUUUUGCUCAAAACAGGUGUCGACGAUAUAAAUGAAAGAGGAAAGGUUGAAGAAUUCCAAGGAGAAAAAGAACUAAACGUAUGGAAAAGUAAAUAUGCGAAUAUGAUUAAUGGAAGUGAAGGGGCAUUCAUAGGCUUCGAUCUCAGUGUUGGUGCACGGAGGCACGUUUUUGUUCCGGGUAUUUGUCGCUCAGUAAUAAUGGAGGCAAAAAAAUUAGUGCCACAUCCUAAAUUUUCAAAAUUACAGGUUUUACUAUUUGCGCCGGUAGAAGUUGAAGAGAACUCUAGUAUUUACCCAUCACCUUCGGAGUUUUGUCAAGGCCAGCCUUACGAACCAAAGUGUGCACCAGAAGGUUUUGUUUCUUUUUCUCCAUGUUUAGAGUCCGACAACUAUAUGCCUUUAUACGGUUCACAAGGUCAUUUUGCUGGUGCGGAUCCUAAAAUCAGAAAUCAGUUUGGUGGCAUAAGUGAGCCAGAUGAAGUUGAUGACAAUACCGUUUUGUAUGUAGAUCCCGUGACUGGACUCGCUCUGGGAGCUCAUCAGUCCAUGCAGAUCAAUUUUUAUAUAGACAAUGAAAAGAGAUCAAGUAUGCCGUUCAAAAUGAUGAGGGGUCCCUAUUUCUUCCCUAUUAUCAGAAUUGUUAAUGAAAUAUAUCCUCCAGUAGAAACAUUAGAAACAUUAUUUCAAAAGGUUCAAGGCAACAAGAAGUUGUUGAACUGGGCGGUAUAUAUACUUGGUGGAGUCUGUCUACUAGUAAUUCUUCUUACAUCCAUGAUAAUUGUUCGAAUAGCUCGUAGCAGAAAUCGUAUUUAUUGAGAAUUUUUUAUACAUUGAACUGCUUGAAUGAAUAGCAAUGACUUCCAGAAAUUUAACAAACUGAAUUUAUCUCCGCCUUUUCAUCAUGGAAGAUCAUUGUAAAUAACUAGUUUUAUUACAAUUAAUGAAUAACUUUUAAUUAAUAUAUAUGCAAUAACUAAAUUUCCUCUGAUUUUCAUACUGAUUCUAUAAAAGUGUAUAUGUUUUGCUUAUAUUUCUAUUUUUUAUAAACUAUUAUAAAA